AUGACUUCCGUUGUUCACAAACAGCCAUCUACAUUAGAUGCAUUCAAUAUGGAUCAGAAUGUUAUAGAAAAAACAGUGAAGAAAACUGAUGAUACAACUACACAAGAAUCUGCCCUAUCAAAAGACAACUUCCCCAAAGGUUUACGAGGUGGUGGUGCUUGUUUUGAUUGUUUGGCAUGCUUAUGUAUAUGCUGCGCCCUCGAAGAAAUCGCUUGCUUGGAAUGUUGUAGAGACUGCUAA